AUGGGUGCGACACAAUCAACCAACAAGGUCGAAGAAAAACCAAACCCCUCUCCGCCGACGGCAGACAAAUGUCCGGUAGACCACAACUCACGACAAGCCUGGGCAAACCUUGGAUCUGGUCCCUUGCAGAGCCCACACAAAUUUCAUGCCCAACCGUCAGCACCGCUCUCCACUGAACGAGAAACGUCGUCGAUCCCACGAGGGGCCGCAGGUGAUACGGAUGCGUCACAGAAGUGGGACGACGUCGGCGCAGGAUUCUGCGUCCAUGGAGAGGGUGCACAGGAUGCGAAUCUUGGAAAAGGUCUUGGGGAUGUGGAGUUGGAUUCUGCUGGUCGGGCUGUUACCAAUCGGCAUGAUGUCAAGUUGCCCCAGGCGCGAGAUAUGCGUGUCGUUGUUCCGAUUCACAAUGCCGUGAAUGAGCAGACGUGGGCAAAGAUAUUAGAAUGGGAAGCGUCUCAAGGGGGCGAAAGUUGUGGUGGGGUGCGACUGGUCAGCUUCAAGGGAGAUUCGCGAAAAAUUAGUCCCAAAGCUCGGUGGAACAUUCUUCUUGGAUAUCAACGGCCGUUUGACCGUCACGACUGGGUUGUGGACCGAUGUGGAACCAAGGUCCGAUAUGUGAUAGAUUAUUACACAGGACGGACCGCUCCUACAAGUCCCAGAGGUCAAGCUAACCCAGUUUCCUUCUACAUUGACGCAAGGCCGGCCUUGGACAACUGGGAGGGAGUUCGCAUGAGAGCUUCAAAGUUUUGGACAACAUUAUUUGACAACGGGAACAAAAAGGAUAACAAACCAUCGUAG